AUGGAAAACACUAAGAGUGAGGACCUUAGCGGUUGGCUUCCAAUUACGGCGAAUCGUAAAGGGAAUUGGUGGUUCGCUGCCAUUCAUAAUGUCAUUGAUGGUUGGUGCUGGUAUUCUCGGUUUACCUUAUGGUUUGAAAUGAUUGAAAUGAUUGAAAUGCAUGAGAUUGUGCCAGGAAAGAGGUUUGAUAGAUAUCACGAAUUGGGGCAAUAUGCAUUUGGGGAGAAACUCGGACUAUGGGUUAUUGUUCCACAACAACUUAUGGUUCAAGUUGGAUGUGAUAUCGUUUUUAUGCUAACGGGAGGGAGUUCACUUAUGAAAUUCUAUAAUAUUGUUUAUCCGAGUGGACAACCGGUCAAGCUUCCUUACUUUAUCAUGAUGUAUGCGUCCGUUCAAUUCUUCUUGUCUAAUUUACCAGACUUCAACUCCAUUGCUGGUGUCUCUUUCGCUGCGGCUAUUAUGUCUUUGAUUUAUUCAGCAAUCGCUUGGAUAGCUUCAUUGAUAAAAGGAGUACAACCCGACAUAAGUUAUGGGAAUAGAUAUAACACUGAUGCGGGUCAAAUAUUUGGUUUUUUAAGUGGAUUGGGAACUGUUGCAUUUGCCUUUUCUGGGCAUAAUAUAGUGCUAGAGAUUCAAGCGACAAUGCCUUCCACUACGGAAAAACCAUCUAAAAUAGACAUGUGGAAAGGUUCUUUUAUCGCUUAUAUAGUUGUGGCAUUAUGUGAUUUUCCAGUGGCUAUUUUUGGUUAUCUAGUGUUUGGAAGCCAUGUUGAGGAUAAUGUUAUGAUCUCUUUUGAGAAGCCUGGUUGGCUUAUUGCUGCUGCCAAUUUGUUUGUUGUGAUACAUGUUAUUGGGAGCUAUCAAGUUUUCGCAAUGCCAGUUUUUGACAUGCUCGAAUCAUUUUUGGUGUUGAAAAUGAAAUGCAAACCCAGUAGUGCGCUUCGUGUUGUGACUCGUACUACAUAUGUCGGAAUUACCAUGUUUAUUGCUAUAGCAUUUCCAUUCUUUGGCUCCCUUUUAGGAGUUUUAGGAGGAGUUGCUUUUGCACCAACCUCAUUUUAUGUGAGUACCAAAUAUUUACUCCACAUUUUCAUUUUAUAUUAA